AUGGCUGUGGUUACUUUCGGAAGCAAUAUUCUCGGUCCUAGCUGUGCUCUGACAUGGGUUGCUUUAAGCGUUCUUAUCACACUAACCAAUAAACAUGUUCUGAUCACCUUUCCGUUUCCCAUCACCCUCACCACUUUGCACCUUGUCAUGACAUCUGCUGUGGCACGACUAUUGGCAUAUACUCAAACUAUUUCCUUGAGCUCCCAAACUUAUCCGACAGGGCCUCCAUUUUAUUCAGGGCGGAUAGUCCUUGUUGGUUUAUUCUUUGGUCUCAACCUCAUCCUGAAUAACAUCAGUUACAUGUAUCUCAGUGUAACCUUUAUUCAGAUGUUUAAGGCAAUAAGCCCUAUAGUUGUCAUUGCUGUAGGAUGGCUAGUCGGCGUUUAUCAAUUCCAGCCACGAACACUUGUUGUAACGUGUAUAAUCUGUCUUGGCGUUAUCCUAUCAUCUUAUGGGGAAGUUGCAGUGAGCUAUCUUGGGAUCCUCAUUCAAGUUGCUGCAAUUGCUUCAGAAGCCAUCCGCCUGGUCCAGAUAGAGGUUCUCUUAUCGCCAUACGGCCUCAACGCGAAUCCUUUCACUUCGCUCUUCUUAUUAACACCCUUGGCCGCAUUGCUCUGCUUUUUCUUUGCAAUUGUGAUUGAGCUGCCUACAAUCUCCAUCGACGCACUACUUAGUACUAGCUGGUUGGCCUUGUUAGGGAGUGCUGUCUUGGCUGUGCUUUUGAAUAUCUCUGCCGUCUUCGUCAUUGCGAAUGUAUCCGCCUUGACCCUAUCUAUCUGUGGCAUCCCAAGGGCAAUGCUGACAAUGUCAAUAUCAAGCUACCUUUGGAAUGAUCAAUUGUCUCCAUUGCAGAUGGCAGGUUUCCUCAUUUCCAGUGUGGGAUUAAUAUGUUACUCCGCCCUGAAAGUAAGGCUUCAAAGGCUUUCUGAGUCCGACCAUUCAAAGCAACCCUCCUCGCAUCAAUAUAGCUCGACCGAAAGUAUAAGCAGGACUGAGGAGGUUUAA